UACGGAAGCCGAGCGGGUGAGAGGGCAGUUGAGGCUAGAGGUCCGAGGACGCGGCGGUUAUCUAGAGUGCACGUGAGCGUCCACCGUUUCUCCUUGUUUGCCUUAUCCUUAGGAGUCGGUAUUGCGGGGACGGCCCGGGUCCAGUGUAUGGCCACGGAGUUACGGUGUCGGGACUCCAUGCCCUGUCACAACCAACAAGUAAACUCUACCUCUACCCCAAGCCCUGAGGAGCCGCAAUCUGGCGACCUGAUCCCAGAUCCUGCUGGGGAAAACAGCGCCUUCAAAGCGAAGCCGACUCUCCUCACCAGUCACGCCCAUUCUAGCAUACCGGGGGAGGGGGGCUCUAAGGCCUGCGCCGGGGCCAGCCUCAACCCAGAGAGUAACGGUGGCAGUGGCGACUAUGACGCAUCGGCCCACGAUUGCCUUCCAAGGGACAGCCAACUCUCUUGGCAGAUUGGGCCUCAGCUUAAACUGCUACCCAUGAAUGACCAGAUCCGGGAGCUGCAGACCAUCAUCCGGGACAAGACAGCCAGUAGAGGGGACUUCAUGUUUUCUGCGGAUCGUUUGAUCAGACUUGUUGUGGAAGAGGGAUUGAAUCAGCUGCCAUAUAAAGAAUGCGUGGUGACCACUCCAACAGGGUACAAGUAUGAAGGAGUGCAAUUUGAGAAGGGAAAUUGUGGGGUCAGCAUAAUGAGAAGUGGUGAGGCAAUGGAACAAGGUUUACGAGAUUGCUGUCGAUCCAUACGUAUUGGAAAGAUCCUGAUUCAGAGUGAUGAGGAGACACAAAGAGCCAAAGUAUAUUAUGCCAAGUUCCCUCCAGACAUUUAUAGGAGAAAAGUCCUUCUGAUGUAUCCAAUUCUCAGCACUGGAAAUACUGUAAUUGAAGCUGUAAAGGUUCUUAUAGAACAUGGGGUUCAACCCAGUGUUAUCAUUCUUCUCAGUCUCUUCUCCACUCCUCAUGGUGCCAAAUCAAUCAUUCAAGAGUUUCCAGAGAUUACAAUUUUAACCACCGAAGUUCAUCCUGUUGCACCUACACAUUUUGGACAGAAAUACUUUGGAACAGAUUAAGUUAUUGAAGGAAAAUUUAUCAUCUUGUGUAAUAUUACAGUUAUAUUUUGAGUUUUUACAUGUUUUAUUGAUUCAGUUGAGGAAUAGCACAGAAAAUUGUGUUAAAUAUGCUUAGUAAUUUUUGGAAGUGCAUAUAGUAAAAAGAAAACGUUUGAGGUGUAUUUAUUUUAUUUGGUCAUUUCUUGACUGUUCACACCAAAUUCAACAAUAAAGUACACACAACUCUUAGAAAAUAUGUUAAUAAUCUUUUUAUGCAAAUCAUUGAAACUGGUCCCUAAUUUAUGAGCCUCUCAGUUUGGAGAUUGCUUGCAGCCACAGAUAAAAUCCAAAUGGAAGUAAGUUCUUUGGCCCACUAUAGUUUGCAUAUUAUUUAGUUUACUUUUAGUUCUAGGGAGUUUUCAUUUAUGUGGCUGUUUUCACCUUCCUCUACUAUUUUUUUUCAUCUUUUAUUGUUGUUCAAAGACAGUUAUCUCCAUUCCCCCCCCCACCACCACUCUCCCCUACCCCAGCCAUCCCUUCCUCUGCUAUUUAUUUCCUGGUACUAUACAUGCUGGUAACUGGGAGAGGAUGAAAAAAAAAAUUCCUCCUUCAAUUUUACAUUUCGUUAAUAUCCUCACUCAAGUGGCAGAUACAGGAUGCGUGGCUAGCUUUUCAGUCAGGCCAUUAUGUUCUUCCUGACUGAUUUCCUGCCCUGUAUAGUGCUAGUAGGUGACUUGCCAAAUGUAAUGCAGUGAAUAAAAUGGUGGGGCACUUCCUGUAAUGGGAACUGUAACAUUAACUCACAUAGAUUGAAACAGGGAUGUCUGGAUUGCUGACAAGAGAGGGUUAAGUACUGUCCAGGUCAUCAACGUCCUAGAAAGAAAUUGGUGGUGAUUUUUCUGAGGUGAGGGAGAAAAGGACAGUUUCUUGUUGAGUUUUAUGGCCAAUAAGGAAAUGGAAAAGCUGGCUUUUUAAUUUGAAUGUUUUUACUAGAGGUUUUGGAUUUGGAAAUUAGUUAUUUUGCAUGUUUGUCAACUGUUGAUAAAUCAAACUGGAAAAGGAAACCGUGAUAUUUUUUUAAAUUCCUAAACUUUAUAUAUUCAUAUUGAAGCUUCUGAAAGGAAGAUAAACCUUUUUGGAAAUUGGUGUUUCUGUUCUGAAACUUUUACAUUGGUGUUAAAACAUUUUAACAGUGGUUACUGGCUGAUUAUUUGAUUAAUUAUAAUCUCAUAGCCCCAUAGGCUGCUUUUGUGGACCUUUGUUUAAAAAAAAAAAAAAGGAAACAGAAAAGAUGCCCUGUCUGGUGUGGCUCAGUGGAUUGAGUGCUUGCCUGCAAACCAAAGGGUCACCAGUUCAAUUCACGGUCAGGGCACAUGCCUGGGUUGACAGCCAAGUCCCCAGUAGAGGGUGCGUGAGAGACAACCACAUAUUGAUGUUUCUCUCCCUCUCUUUCUCCCUCCCUUCCCCUCUCUCUAAAAAUAAAUAUUUAAAAAAGAAAAAUAGAGAAGAGCAGAAGGCAGUAUGUUAGAAAGAACCAAAGCUGAUGAAAGUCAGGAAAGAUUGAAGAAGGAAAGCUGGUGUUGAAUGGAAUGGACUGCGUUUUCCCUUUGAAGCCUAGGCACACUAGAAGGACAUCACUAUAUUUUUUGUUUUAUGUUUGAAGACUGUCAUAAUAAAGUGUGAUUAGUUGAUAGGUGACCCAUAGUAUAAUUCUUCCAUGGCUAAUGUUGCUUUCAUGCUAUUAUUAAAGUUAUUAUUUAUA